UAAAUAAAUAUUUAUAUACAUGAGAGAGAGUGAGAGUAUGACUUAAGCCAAGUUACGCAUGUCUUUGAAUCGUUCUAAGAAAUGGGGCAAUGAAGUGAUCGAUACAAGCAUUGAUUUUCCCAUUUCAGGGUCUUUUCUAAACCGAUCAUUAGUCGAUAUUGCAGUGAUGUGAACAGCAUAAAUUUGUUUUUUCACUUUUAGGUUAGGUCUUUGAAAACUCUGGUUCGCCCACUUAGACCCAAACACAAAAUAUUUUAACAAAUUUUACCUGAUGGCCUUAUGAAGAUGUUGUAAAAUCAAACCUGUGCUACUUCAAGAGACAAAAGAUGGACAAGUUUAGCUGGCUUGUUCCCAUUUGUAUACUGUGGUUGGGAUUAAUGAAAGGAACUACAGCAGAGACAUUCUAUGUGAAAGUUACUAUUGGCGGCCCUGAGACUUUCUUACAUCUUGUCAGUGACAAAUUCCAAGAAUGGAUUCCAGUAUUCGGUGACAGCAAUUGUAAUCAAAUCAUUCAGUUGAUAAAUACGAGCUAUUCGUUGAACACUGCUGAAGGCAUAUUAGAGCUUCAAACCACAUCCACCUGUACAUACGCUACAUAUGUGUCUUCCCUUGAGAGCGUUGUUUAUAGCUUGCUAAUGAGUAAGCCAGGUCUGGUUUUUGUGAACUGGACAGAAAUUGAGAUACUAAAUGUAAAUGUUUACCAGAGUUAUGAGGAUGCCAACCAAAAUAAUUUUGCAAACGAUUUGUACCUGUGCUCCUUCAACUCAUCGUACUGUCUACCAAAUCAAAGAUGUUUGGACACACACUUUCUUCCCGUGUGUGAAGACAGUAGCACUACAACAACUGUGACGUCUGAUGUGGUACCAUCCAGCUUGGAUGAUUUUGAAGACAGUAGUGAUGUUCCCGAUGCAAGCUGGCCAUUCGAUAUUUCAGAUACCAUGACUUCAUCUAGCUGGCAUGAGAAUGACAUGUCCAAUAGAGAUGAAAUGUUACCUUCUAGUCUACCUCCAGACUAUGACCAAAGUGUAUCACCUUCUGAAAGCACGCCUGACCUUUAUAACAUGUACAGUGAUUCGUACUUUGAAGAAUCAAACUCACCUUAUGAUUACUACAGCAGUCAGCCAUUACAAUCUUCAUAUGAUGAUCAAACUGAAGAAUCUAGCUUGCCAUAUGAUUACUACAGCAGUCAGCCAUUACAAUCUUCAAAUGAUGAUUAUGAUUACUACAGCAGUCAGCCAUUACAAUCUUCAUAUGAUGAUCAAAUUGAAGAAUCUAGCUUGCCAUAUGAUUACUACAGCAGUCAGCCAUUUCAAUCUUCAUAUGAUGAUCAAAUUGAAGAAUCUAGCUUGCCAUAUGAUUACUACAGCAGUCAGCCAUUUCAAUCUUCAUAUGAUGAUCAAAUUGAAGAAUCUAGCUUGCCAUAUGAUUACUACAGCAGUCAGCCAUUUCAAUCUUCAUAUGAAGAUUAUGAUUACUACAGCAGUCAGCCAUUACAAUCUUUAUAUGAUGAUCAAACUGAAGAAUCUAGCUUGCCAUAUGAUUAUUACAGCAGUCAAUCACUACAAUCUUCAUAUGAUGAUCAUAUUGAAGAAUCUAGCUUGCCAUAUGAUUACUACAGCAGUCAACCACUACAAUCUUCAUAUGCUGAUCAAAUUGAAGAAUCUAGCUUGCCAUAUGAUUACUACAGCAGUCAAUCACUACAAUCUUCAUAUGAUGAUCAUAUUGAAGAAUCUAGCUUGCCAUAUGAUUACUACAGCAGUCAACCACUACAAUCUUCAUAUGCUGAUCAAAUUGAAGAAUCUAGCUUGCCAUAUGAUUACUACAGCAGUCAACCACUACAAUCUUCAUAUGCUGAUCAAAUUGAAGAAUCUAGCUUGCCAUAUGAUUACUACAGCAGUCAAAGCCAAUCCUAUAGCAGUCAAGAAACAUCCUAUAGUAGUUUGGAUGAACUUUAUAGCAGUCAAGAAAAAUCCUAUAGUAGUCCUUUAGAACUUUAUAGUAGUUCAGAUGAAAUUUAUAGCAGUCAAGAUCAGCCGUAUAGUUCUUCGUAUCCCACAUUAAGCAUUGAGGAGACACUACUUCCCAGCAGCACUUUUGUUUCAACUCAGAGCACUGAUACUGUAGAUACAAGCAGUGCAAGCUCUACUUCGACCAGCAGUACUUAUGUUUCAACCCCGAGCACUGACCUAUAUACUGACACAACCACUACAGAUACAAGCAGUACAGGCUCUACUUUAACCAGCAGUACUUAUGUUUCAACCCAAAGCACUGACCUAUAUACUGACACAACCACUACAAAUACAAGCAGUACAAGCUCUACUUUAACCAGCAGUACUUAUGAUUCAACCCACAGCACUGACUUAUAUAAUGACACAACCACUGCAUAUACAACCACUGCAAGUUCUUCUUUGACCAGCAGUACAACUUCAUCCACUUCCACAAAAACCACAACCACAACUACCACAAUUACAGCUACUUCCAACAAACAACGAGCUCUGUACCCUUAUGGUAAAACAGUUGGUGAUUUCAACAUCAAGACAAGAGGCAACGAGUAUUUUUACUAUUGGUAUGAUGCUAUCAGUGAUCCGAUCUAUUUUCCUACUGGUGUGCCAUUUGGAUCACAGUCUGUGAAGGUGGCCCAUGUUCUGCCAAAUGGCGUCAUUACGUUUGGAAAGCAAGCAAGAGUCUGGUGGCCAAAUCUUUUGUACUUGACUUCUUCUUCAGAAGGAAAUGUUCUAGCGCCAUUUUGGACUUACAGUAACCCAUACUCCAAUGGGACUGUUUAUUAUCAGCUCUAUGACAAGGCAAACAGCACUUCAGCAAGUGUCAUUACUAGAGCUACUGAUGAGGUCAGAGAGCAGUACAAACUAAACAAUUUCAAUGCUACUUGUGUCCUGGUAGCUACUUGGGAGAAUGUAGAGCCUGAGUCAUGGUAUUACUGGUUGUGUGAUUACUAUCGCUAUUGGAAGGAUUAUUACUGGUGGUGGCAAUAUUAUCAAUAUUAUUAUGAUCUCUACUGUAAUAAGGCUGUACAGACCAACACUUUCCAAGCAGUUUACAUCACAGAUGGACAGACAGCUUAUGCCAUUGUUACCUAUAAACAAGGAGCUAUGAACUGGGUCUAUGACCAAUGGAGAACAAUUCAAGUUGGUUAUGCACAUGUAGAUAAUUACAUGGACCUGGGUGUUUCUUAUACAGAACUGACCACUAAAAUGGACACCACUGUCUGGAAUUCUGGUCGCUAUGGAACUUGGAUAGAGAAAGUUGGCGAAUCUAAAAACCCAAAUAGUCAGUGUUACAAUUUCUACCUGUCCAACAAAUAUUUACUUACUGACACACUACAUAAGAAAAGGGUCAAGGAUUUGUUUGAAUGCCCAUGCAUCCUGGGUGAUGUAGGAGCACAGUGGUGGUAUUAUUCCUGGGCACCUCUAACUGAAGGGCCCACUUGGUCAUAUGUUUAUUGUUUUGCUAUUAGUCCAAUUGCCAAAUCAAGAUUGGCCAGAUUUCAAGGAAAUCCUCUUAACAAGUUGUGUUGUUACAAAUAUACUUCCCCUGACUAUACAAAAUACUGGGAUUGGGAAGUAUGGUACAAUGCAUGGAGGUACGCCCCAUACAUUCACUACAGAGAUAUCAAUGCUGGUCAUCUUCUGCUGAAUGACCCUUGGCAGUGGUGGUGGUGGUGGGGAAGUAAUGAUGUCCGCAAGUCCAGAGAGGAAGACUUUAACCCACACAGAUGGUGCUGUGAAGAGAGUAGCUCCCCAUCCUACUACUGCGGAUUGUUCAAUCAAGUCAGACCAGACUAUGGCUGUUCCUGGGAAGCAGAGUUUAUAACUGGUCUAGCACUGGGUGACCCCCACAUCAAGACCUUGGAUGGACGUGAAUAUGCCCUGAAUUAUCUGGGAGAAAAGAUAUUACUAAAGAUUGUGGAGCAGAACUUUAUGCUGCAAGCCCGAACCAAACAGGUGGUCAACAGUAAGGGAGAUAAAACCAAUGCCACCAUUUUUAUUGCUUUUGCAGCAAGAGAAGGGAAUUAUUCCUCAUUUCAAGUAGAACUGGAUGCCAAAGAGUUAGGAAUGAUUAUAACAGCCAAUGGGCAUGACUGUACUCAAGACUUUUACAAGAUCAAAGACUACAAUGAGACAUUUGAUAAUAACAGUAUCAGUGUGAAACGACUUGAUAAAGAAAACAAAACAAAUUUAAUAGUCAGCUUUCCCUCAACUAUUUCUCUGAAUUUCUUUGUGGGUGUUAAAAAUCUGGAAAUAUCUGUAGACAUCCCCAAAAUGUACAAAGACAAGACAAGUGGCCUGAUGGGAAAUUUUAAUGACAAUCCCGAUGAUGAUUUCAAACUUGAAAAUGGAACUAUUCUAAGUCCUAACAGCACUGAGAGAGUUAUUUAUGAAACUUUUGGUCGAGAGUGGGAUGUGACCACCAGUAAUACCAUCUUUACAUAUCCUUUGGGUGAGACAGCCCUUGACUACCAGUUCCCAGAGUUCCAACCUUUGUUCGAAGAAGACAUUGACCAAAACAAACGCAGUGAAGCUGAGUCCAAAUGUGGUGACAAUCAUGCUUGUAUCUAUGACUAUGUGUUGACAGGAAAUGAGCAAUUUGCAUUGAAUACAAAGAACUCAGUUAACGAAGCCUCAUUGCGGCAGACAAGUCAAUCCAAUAAUAAACCUGUGUUAAGUCUGGUCAAUAAUCAACUGAAUAGUAAACAGAGAUGGGAGGUAAACCAUGGAGUGCCAUCUGACAUCACUUUUAGUGCCUCUGACGCAGAUAAUGAUGCUGUCACCUUUCUCCUUGUUGAUGUUGUAAACUCAAAUGUCACCAUUGAUUCUAAAACUGGAGUGCUAACCUAUAUACCAGACCUAAACAUACCAUUAUCUAUUGGUGUACAAGCCAAAGAUGCAAAAGGGGAUCCCUCCACAAUUUUACAUCUAGACAUAGUUGUCUGCCCUGAUUGUAGUGGCCAUGGAGUUUGUGACAGAAGCAGGACACAGGAAGAAGAAAAAGAAAAUGGACGAUUUCUGCUGAAUGUUUGUUCAUGUUGGCCAGCAUACACUGGUAACAACUGUGAAAAUGAAUAUGACGCAUGUAAAGAUAAACCAUGUCUUCCUGGACAAGAAUGUUUUGAUAAAACAGCAGCUGAACAGGGCAACAGUACAAUAGGGUACAUAUGUGGUCAAUGUCCUGAUGGGUAUGAAGAAAGGAAUAACUAUUGUGUGGAUAAGAAUGAGUGCUUUUCAAAUGGUACUGAGUCUGAGUCAGUGUGCCCCGAGCAUUCUGAUUGUGAGAACAAUGUAGGCUCCUACACCUGCACCUGUUUGCCUGGGUACAGACUUGAUCCCAAGAAUUCAUCACUUUGUAAAGAUGUGGAUGAGUGUGCGGAAAAAACCCACAGUUGUCAACAAGUGUGUGAGAACACAGAAGGUGGCUUUAAUUGUUCCUGUUUACCUGGCAAUGUAUUAGCAGAAGAUAGAAAGACUUGCCAGAGAGAUGAUAAAAAUGCAGCAUUAUGCAGUGCAAAGGGAUGCAAUCAAGUGUGUAUGGUUGUUGAUGGAGUUGCCUCUUGUGGCUGUAACACAGGUUACACAAACAGUAGUGACACCCUAUGCACCGACAUCAAUGAGUGUGCUCUGGCCAACAAACCUUGUAGUCAGUCAUGUCAAAACACAGAUGGAGGCUUCCUUUGCUCAUGUUAUCCUGGAUAUAAAUUAGAUGAAGACAAAGUGGCAUGCAUUGAAUGCAAUAAGCCAUAUUAUGGUAUUAACUGUUCAAAAACAUGCGUGUGUAAUGGUCGUGGUCAGUGUAACAAUGUAAGAGGUUGUGAGUGUAUAGCUGGCUGGAAAGGAGAUAACUGUAACCAGGAUGUUGAUGAGUGCACCACAAAUGGGGCAUGCCUCCUCGGUCAGAUCUGUGUCAACACACUAGGCUCAUUUAAAUGUGAAUGUCCAUCUGGUUUUGAAAAUAUUUCUGGACAGUGUCAAGACAUCAAUGAAUGUCUUGAUGUGCUAGACAACAAAUGUGACCUGUCUACAGAAGAUUGUGUUAACAACAAGGGAAGCUACUCCUGUGAAUGUAGGACUGGGUUCUCAAGAAACAAGAACAAUAUUUGCCAAGACAUAGAUGAAUGUACUACAUCAAGCCACAACUGUGAACAUGUUUGUGAAAAUACUGAAGGAAAGUUCAACUGUAAAUGCUUUUAUGGAUUUACUCUGGACAUUGAUAGAGCCCACUGUGUCAAAAGAGAUGUAGAUGUGUGUGCAGGAUCAAAUUUAAAUUGCAGUGACAUCUGUACUGUAGACCUGGUCACCAACACAUCUCAUUGCUCAUGUAACAGUGGCUAUAGUCUUCAAGGCACUAACACAUGUGUGGAUAUCAAUGAGUGUGACUAUAACUCUCUGAACCUGUGUGGAGAGAAAGAGAAAUGUGUGAACAGUGUUGGUGGAUUCACCUGUUCGUGUUCACCUGGGUUUAAACUGGACAAUGACAAAAGAACAUGUCUGGCCUGUGGUGAAGGUAAAUGGGGACUGGAAUGUUCCAACGACUGUGCCUGUAGCACUGGAGCUGAUAGAUGUGACCCUCAGAAGGGAUGUAUAUGUAAAUCUGGAUUUACUGGUACUCACUGUGAGAAAGACUUGGAUGAAUGUACAACUGGACUGUUGACCUGUGGUCAGGGAGAGAAGUGUGUCAACACAUAUGGCAGUGCCAGUUGUCAGUGUCUAGAUGGAUAUACUCAAGUUUCUGGACAAUGUAAAGAUAUUGAUGAAUGUUCCAGUUUACUUAGCAACAAGUGUGACCAGGUAUGUCAGAACUAUGUUGGAGGCUACACCUGCUCAUGUCAUACAGGUUACAAGUUUGAACCAGUGAACAAAACUUGUUUAGACAUAGACGAGUGUCUUCUAAAUGUAGAUGGCUGUGAACAAGUUUGUGAGAAUACCAAUGGAGGCUAUCAUUGCUCAUGUCUCAAUGGAUUAAAGUUGAAUGUAGAUGGAGUCACUUGUUCUGUCACAAAAGAAUGUUCAACCAAAGUCUGCUCUGACAAGUGUGCUGUUGUCAAUAAUGUUGAGACUUGUCUGUGUCCCAUUGGAAAAAUUCUAGAUUCUGAUAAUACUCAUUGUAUAGACACUGACUUGUGUAAAGAUAACCCUUGUUCUGAUAAUUGCACUGAGACUCCAGAUGGAACUCGUAUAACAUGUGGUUGUCCAACUGGCAAGAAGUUGGCUUUGGAUGGAAUCACUUGUCAAAGUUGUACAGAAGGAACUUAUGGAGACAGCUGUUCAAAGACAUGUUCCUGUACUUCUGCUAAUACCAUUUCCUGUGAUAAGGUGACUGGUCAGUGUAGCUGCAAGUCUGGCUGGACUGGAAGCUCCUGUAGUGAUGACCUUAAUGAAUGCUUGACCACAACUUCCUGUCAAGCCAAUGCUCACUGUGUCAAUACACCUGGCAGCUAUGUCUGUAAAUGUGAUCUAGGCUUCUAUCUCAAUAAUGGACAAUGUCAAGCCUGUACAGCUGGGACUUUUGGUGAAGAAUGUAAGAACCAGUGUCAAUGUGACAUGUCACACAGUACAUGUAGUGUAACAAGUGGAGAUUGUUUGUGUAAGCCUGGAUGGACUGGAACACUAUGUGACGAAGAUCUCAAUGAAUGUGACUCCAGCAACCUCUGUACUUCAGCCAACAAACUACAUUGGGUUUGUAAAAAUACUCCAGGGUCCUACAAGUGUGAUUGUGAGGCAGGCUAUGAAAAUAAAAAUGAUGAAUGUGUUGAUCUUGAUGAAUGUGCAACUGGCUACACAAAUGAAUGUGAUGGAAACUGUACCAACACUGCUGGUAGUUACACAUGCUCCUGUAGCACUGGUUAUAAACUAGCCAUAGACGGACACACAUGCAAUGAUGUAGAUGAAUGUCUCCAAGGUAAUGGUGGCUGUCAACAAAAGUGUGUCAAUGAAGUUGGAAACUUUUCCUGUUCCUGUAACGCUGGAUAUUCUGUGGAUGAUGUAGACAGAAUGAAAUGUUACAAAUCAUCUGGCUAUGGAUUUCAAGUAAGAAUUUCCAAGGAUGUGAGGGGUCUUAAUUUACGAGAGAAACUAGGAAAGGAUUAUCUAACUUUGAAGGAGUUGCUGGAACAAAUACUGAAAUCCAUAAUCAUAAAGAAAGUACCAGGAUUAAGAGAUCUUAUUAUCAACAAUUUGGAUUAUGGCAGCGUCGUUGUAGACUUUACCACAGUGGUAGAUACAACAGUAACCAAUUAUGCUGCCAGCAAGAUGGUGGAAGCAAUCUUGAACAUAGGGGAGACAGGAAUAACUAUUGAUGGUGUAUUGUAUAAUGCUACAGUUAUUGUUGGCAAUAUUAAAGUUCCCCCAGUGCAAGACAAAUGUCAGAUAUUGAAUGCACUUGAGGCUUGUGGCCCAGACACUGCCUGUGACCUCAACAGUGAUGGAGAGGCUUACUGCAAGGAUACUUCAGAAGAUUUGAACAUUCCCCUGAUUGUUGGACUCUCAGUUGGUCUUCCGCUGGCCGUUGCGUGCAUUAUAACUGUUGUCUGCUGUAUAUGGUAUAAGAAGAAGUAUACUUCCCAAAGAAGAGUAUGUGAGAAAGAGUCCACCUAUACCGAGAGACCAACUACUCCAUCAACUCCUGAGGAAAGACCAUCAACUCCUGAGGAAAGACCGCCUAGUGCCCCAAUAUUGGUAGCCUGGUCAGAGAAAGACAAACUAGUUUCUUAAGCAAUACAAAUUCCCUGUUCAUGUUUAGUCUGUACCUAAUGUACACUUAGUAGCGUUGUUACUUAUUUAAAUCUUACCUAAAGCAAUUGUGAUAACUGGCUCAGUAUACAAGCUGACUUAAUUGCAAAAUUGUAAAUACAUCUAUAAUUUUUAUUAUGUAAAUGUUUGUUAAUUGAUAUUUAAAUAUUUAAUGUACAAAACUAUAUUUUACAAUUAUUUUAUAUUAAUAAAGACUACAUAAAUCUUUCCCAAUACAUAUUUAUUUGAGAUAAAGGUAAAAACUCAAUAAAAAUUUUACCCUGAAUACAAAAUAAUGAUUAAUUAAUAAAUAUAGAACAAAACAUAAACUUUCAGACUCAAUAUUUGUUUACCUUGAAGUUUAGGAAAAGAUUUUAAAAAAAUUAAAAUUCCUGCCUUUUAUUUUUGUCUAAAGUAGUGGUUCCCAAACUUUUUUGGCUCGUAGACCCCUUUAAUGUUUUCCGAUAUUCGGUAGACCUCCUGCAAUUAGCAGAUUCAUGAACUUCAAAUGUAUUUUUCACUGAUUUCUAACCUUGUAAUGUGCGACUGAAAAAAAAUAAAUCUCACAUCAUGUCAAUUAACAAUCUUACAUCAUGUUAAUUAACAAUCUCACAGAAUGUAUGAAACAAGUCUGUUCAAUAGGAGAUUUCCGAUUUCCUCUCGAUUAAAUUUCAUUUUAAAAUGAGAUCUUUAACAUCCAAGAACUCCGAUACAGUGUCAAAAAGAAAAAAAUCUUCUUGUCUAACAAAAGCUUUUUGACAACCAUCAAACUUCAGUGUGAAGAAGGAAUGGGUGAAAGUUAUCGUCAUUUUCUGAACACAUUUGAGCUUUGAUUUGUGUACUAAACCUGUAAAAGUUGCUUCGGUCAACUGCGGUGCUAAUGAAUUGAAAAUGUUCAUCUAAUCCACCACUCAGAUCCUUAGCUUUUGAUGGAUUACUCAUGGUAUUACUAACAGGUACACUAUAUCCACAGUAGGACUCAACCAUGAAAGGUGCUCCAUUUGUUGUUAUUAAUAUUAUAUUUGAUUGCUUUAUCUUUAAAGUAGUCCUUCAAACAUCAAAUAUUCAUACGCGAUUAUCUGUUUUCACAAAAAAAAGUUUUUCUUGGAUUUAUGAGCAUAUGCGAAUGAAAUGCUUCAUUAGGGUUGAUUUGUUCACUUGUAUAAAGAAAUAAGUCCUUUGCAAAUAAUUACAUAAGAAGCUUUCAAUGUCACUAUUCAUUUCAUCAAUUUGCCUUUUAACUGUUUUAUUGCUUAGUUGAAUUCUUUAAUAAUAUCAGAUGAAGGUUUGUGUACAAAAUAGUUUUUAAAACUUCAGCUGCUGGCAAAAUCAUUCUUUUUUUUUUUUGCUUCUUGUGUGAUGUUUUCCAAAUUUCACAAUAAGUAAAAGAUACUUUAAGACACUUGCAAACCAUUAUCUUCUCUUUUUGAUGUGAAAGCAGAGAUUUUGUCCAUUUUUAGUCUUUUCUCAACUUUAUCAUUGACUGUUUAAAAGUAUUUCAAAUCUUAAUACAUAUUAUCAGGGUGGCAUCGUCUCAAAGGAUUCUCCAGCUUAGGAUGGUUUUAUAGUGUUAUUACAUAAACUUUGUUACAUAAAAUACUCAGAGGCAAUAUAAGUUCAACAAGGAAAAAGCCAAAUUUAAAACAAAAUUGCACUACUGUCUACAUUUUAUAGUUAGAUUUGGCCAUACUAAAUAUUAGUUACCUGUAGACUAAAAUAAGUAAUUUACAUGAGGUAUUAAAAUGUACAUUGAUAUGCUGUUUAAAUUAUAGGAUUCAAAAUUAGAGGAUUAACUAUGAUAAGUUUUAGAUUAUUGUUAAUUUCAUUGAUGUGAAAUCAAAAUUAAAAUCACAACCUUCUCAAAUGAAAUCCACUUUUGUGGACCCCCAUUUACAUGUCAUAGACCCCCAAUUCUUUUUUUUCACUUUCGUAGACCUCUUGGAAGCCUUUGUACACCCCUGGGGAUCUAUAUAGACCACUUUGGGAAUCACUGGUCUAAAGCAUAUGUUUUUUUGCUUAUAACAUGCUCAGUGUGCUAUGGCUAUGUCCAAUCUCUCUUGCAGACAUGAAGAGUAGGGGUAUCUGGGAGAAAGUUUAUGUGCUACUUUAAGACGUCAGCACACACAACUUGGCGUGAGUUAGGUUUAAACCCAAGCCUCCUUGAUUGGUAGCCAAGCAGUGUAUUCAUUUCUUACCUUCAGCUUGGAGACUGGAAAAUUUGUUGAAACCAAGAAAAUGUCCAUGAGCUAGUAAGACAAUACAAGAAGGAUGUUUUAACUCACAUGUGAAAGAUACAAAUAUAUUCUACCUAGCUCCAGUCUAGAUCAUUGCAUAAGAUUUGAUUGUAUUAUUUUAAGUCAUUUUCUUAUAUAAAACUUAAACUACAAAUGAUGUUUUAUAAAAAUUAAACUCUGUAAAUUAUAAA